UUGUACAGGUGGUGGCUAACUGUUGACAUGACCAGAGGCAGUAACAAGAAUUUUCUGCUUAUACGAGGUACAAUAGGAAACCGAAAUCAUGACAGACUCCAAAUACUUCACCACCAAUAAAAAAGGGGAAAUUUUUGAACUGAAAGCUGAACUCAACAAUGAAAAAAAGGAGAAGAGAAAGGAAGCAGUGAAAAAAGUCAUUGCUGCCAUGACAGUGGGGAAGGAUGUCAGUUCCCUUUUCCCUGAUGUGGUGAAUUGCAUGCAGACAGAUAACUUGGAGCUAAAGAAGCUGGUGUAUCUCUACUUGAUGAACUAUGCUAAAAGUCAGCCAGAUAUGGCCAUCAUGGCUGUGAACAGUUUUGUGAAAGACUGUGAGGAUCCCAACCCCCUCAUCCGUGCACUAGCGGUGCGCACAAUGGGAUGUAUCCGCGUGGACAAGAUCACCGAAUACUUGUGUGAACCUCUCCGGAAGUGUCUGAAGGAUGAAGACCCGUAUGUGCGCAAGACCGCUGCUGUCUGUGUGGCCAAACUGCAUGACAUCAAUGCCCAAAUGGUGGAAGAUCAGGGCUUUCUGGAUUCAUUGCGUGAUCUCAUUGCAGACUCCAACCCCAUGGUUGUGGCCAAUGCUGUUGCUGCCUUGUCUGAAAUCAGCGAAUCUCACCCCAACAGCAAUCUGCUAGAUCUGAACCCUCAGAACAUCAACAAGCUACUCACUGCUUUAAAUGAAUGCACGGAGUGGGGGCAGAUAUUCAUCCUAGACUGCCUUUCCAACUACAACCCAAAGGAUGACCGUGAAGCGCAAAGGCCUGAAAUCCUGAAGCAGGAGAUCAAGGUUUUUUUUGUGAAAUACAACGACCCCAUCUACGUGAAGCUGGAGAAACUCGAUAUCAUGAUUCGCUUAGCAUCCCAGGCCAACAUUGCUCAGGUUUUAGCAGAACUGAAGGAGUAUGCCACAGAAGUGGAUGUGGACUUCGUACGCAAAGCCGUUCGUGCCAUUGGACGAUGUGCCAUCAAAGUUGAACAAUCUGCUGAGCGUUGUGUGAGCACACUUCUGGACCUCAUCCAGACCAAGGUCAACUAUGUAGUGCAGGAAGCCAUUGUGGUCAUCCGAGACAUCUUCCGCAAGUAUCCCAACAAGUAUGAGAGUAUCAUUGCCACACUUUGUGAAAACCUUGAUUCUCUGGAUGAGCCAGAUGCCCGAGCAGCUAUGAUCUGGAUUGUGGGCGAAUAUGCAGAGAGAAUUGACAAUGCAGAUGAGCUCUUGGAGAGCUUCCUGGAGGGCUUCCAUGACGAAAGCACCCAGGUGCAGCUGACUUUGUUGACUGCCAUUGUAAAGCUAUUUUUGAAGAAGCCGUCUGAAACACAGGAACUGGUCCAGCAAGUGCUGAGUCUUGCUACCCAGGAUUCUGACAACCCAGAUCUACGUGACCGUGGCUACAUUUACUGGCGACUCCUCUCCACAGACCCUGUCACUGCCAAGGAGGUGGUUUUGUCAGAGAAGCCCCUGAUCUCUGAAGAGACCGAUUUGAUCGAGCCCACUCUGCUGGAUGAGCUCAUUUGCCACAUUGGUUCGUUGGCAUCAGUAUAUCACAAACCACCCAAUGCCUUUGUGGAAGGCAGCCACGGAAUCCACCGCAAACACCUGCCUAUCCAUCACGGAAGCACUGAUGCAGGAGACAGCCCUGUGGGAACCAUGAGUGCUACAAACUUGGAGCAAACUCAGGUGAUUCCAUCCCAAGGAGAUCUCUUGGGUGACCUCUUGAACCUUGACCUGGGGCCUCCGGUGAAUGUUCCCCAAGUGUCUUCCAUGCAGAUGGGUGGUGUGGACCUUCUAGGAGGUGGACUUGAUAGCCUGCUUGGCAGUGACCUUGGCGGGGGAAUUGGAGGCAGCCCAGCAGUGGGACAGACCUUCAUCCCAUCAUCAGUCCCAGCAACAUUUGCUCCCUCCCCUACCCCAGCUGCAGUCAGCAGUGGACUGAAUGACCUCUUUGAACUCUCUUCUGGCAUCGGCAUGGCACCUGGUGGAUAUAUGGCUCCCAAAUCGGUCUGGUUGCCGGCUGUGAAAGCCAAAGGCCUGGAAAUUUCUGGAACCUUCGGUCAUCGGCAAGGACAUAUCUAUAUGGAUAUGAGUUUCACCAACAAGGCUCUUCAACACAUGAGCGACUUUGCCAUUCAAUUCAACAAGAACAGCUUUGGAGUCAUCCCCAGCACCCCACUGGCCAUUCACACUCCUCUGAUGCCAAAUCAAAGCAUUGAUGUUUCUCUUCCGCUCAACACCUUGGGGCCAGUCAUGAAAAUGGAACCUCUGAACAAUCUUCAGGUGGCUGUAAAGAACAACAUUGAUGUUUUUUACUUCAGCUGUCUUAUUCCCCUCAAUGUGCUUUUCGUAGAAGAUGGCAAAAUGGAACGCCAGGUUUUCCUCGCAACAUGGAAAGACAUCCCAAAUGAAAAUGAACUUCAGUUCCAAAUUAAAGAAUGUCACCUGAAUGCUGAUACUGUUUCCAGUAAGCUCCAGAACAACAACAUAUAUACCAUUGCCAAGAGAAAUGUGGAAGGCCAGGACAUGCUGUACCAGUCACUGAAGCUUACCAAUGGCAUCUGGAUCCUGGCCGAACUACGCAUUCAGCCUGGCAAUCCCAACUAUACGCUGUCUCUGAAGUGCCGAGCCCCUGAAGUCUCCCAGUAUGUCUACCAAGUCUACGAUGCCAUUUUGAAAAACUGAUCUCUCAAACCACACCACCACUGCCAGCACCUCACCACAUGGGGAACCGGGAGCGGGGCUAACUCCACAUUCUACUGCCACCGCCCGUGUGUUGGUGUAGGCCAAGAACAUUCCUUCCCUCGAUUUGGGAAAAGCAGCUCUGUGUUGUGUCCGAGAUCUCAGCUCCAGAUGCUGAGGCUAAACCAAGGUAGCAAGUAGUGUCCACUUGCCGGUAACAGUAGGGGAUGUGGCAUUUGAUACUUUUAGCAUCUGUGAGAAUUUUGUAACCACUCCGCAUCAGCUGUUUUUGCAGUCCUGUGUGCCAUGUCUUUUCUCAUUUGUUCCUGUGGCUUCAUCAUCUUGUGCCAAUGCUUUGCAUUUUCUAAAACCACUGUCGGCCUCUGGUUAAUAUUUUGUAAUAUGCUUCUUUGUUUUAAUAAAUGCAUAUGCACACACAAUACACACACACACACACACACACACACACACUGCCCAGCCAGAGGCAUCUGAGAGAAAACACACACACUGCACUUUAUUCUUUUGUAUUUGCGUACUGCUGAUUAAUUUUUGUAAUGAACCAGCCGUCUACAAUAAGCAGGAAUAAAGGAGGGGCAUUGAAACAAGACUAGUUGUACAAUUGUUGCAAGGAAACCAAUGCUGGCUUAUUGAUUUAACCUUGGGAAAUUCGAUUAUCUGGUACGAAUUGUAGUUUAUUAUUAUUAUUAUUAUUAUUAUUAUUAUUAUUUAAGGCCUCUCCAUGCCUGCCCUCCCUUAUAGACUGAAAAUCCCACCAUUCACUAAAAGCUAAUCCUGUGGACACCGGAGGGUUUGCAGCUGAAGAGACAAUCUAUUGCUCUUUGAGCUCCGAGGGAUGAAAAUUGAGAGGCAAUGCCUCUUAUUGCCCCUGCAUGCAUCAGUGUGUACCACAGCUCCAUAUUCUCUUUUCCUGUGCUGCCAAUUGAACAGUGGGUUCUGAUGGCUUCGGGCAUAUGUGGUCUAUUUGGAAAAAAGAAAAACCCAUGGCAGCCAAGACGGGCUUUCAGAAGUAAAUCAGAACGGUAGGUAGCAAGGCUGGGAAAAGAAAAAAGGCAGAAGAAAGGGCAGUUUGGUUAUCCUGGCAGUUUAAUCCAGUUACGGUUUCCUCUUGACCUGGGUGUCAAUCGCACUGGGCAAACUCCUACGGUGCCCUUCUUUGCCAUCUCUGUAAUGGAAUCUCUUUGGCAGCCUAAAACCGGGAUAUUUUUCUGCCACCACAUAAAUGUACCAGAUUCAAACCAUGCCCCAGUAUGGCUGAAAUGGGCUCUCUGCUCCAACCAUACUCAUUCCACCAGGGUAUAACCUUUAGCGAGGAUCUACGCCCUUCAGACUUCAAGUUCUUUAUGUGGAAUCUGGUCUCAUUGUUAGCCUCCCUAACGUGUUCUGUCUAAGGAAAGAUAAGAGAGUCUUUUUCUUCCCUGUCAGCUGCCUCCUGGCUUGUCUGUCUUUUUUCUCCUAUGCCCCCCAUCUCCAUUGCCCCCUUUCUUGUAGCUGUUUUAUUCCCCGCCCUAUUUGGGAGAUGUAGUGUCUAGGAGAUCCUCUGAGCAAAUUCUGUGUUGCAAUGAUGCAGCUAUUCCGGGAGGCUUCAGUUUCCUCCACCCACCUACUCCCGCAUAAGGAGCAUGCAUAAACUUUUCAGUGGGUUGCUACAUUGCCUUUGAAACUUGUGUAUAGAACUAGGCCAAGAUAACAGUCAAUGGGCUUGGUGGGAAAGCCCCUUCUUAUUUGUCUAUGGAGAUUAUCAGUCAUCCAGGUCAUGGUUGUCCCAAAGGUGCUUUUUCAAGAUGUAACUGGAC